ACUGGUGUUCUGGAAGAGGGAAUUGACACUGGUGGUCCAAGACGAGAGUUUUUAACUCUACUAAUGAAACACCUAAAAGACCGGCCCAUUUUUGAUGGACCAGAAGGGCAUCGAUUCUUGGUCUACAAUGCAAAUGAUUGAGAAUGCUGCUUCAUUGGAUGCUCUGCACGAAUGUAUGAUGAGACACAGCACAAUGUUACAGACAGCAGGGUGUCUGAGACAUGUGGCUACUGUGGAAGAAAAGAGAGAGAUUGUUUCAGACUACCUCCAAUGGUAUGUUAUUGAACGGAACUCAUCUGUAAUUGACAGAUUCAGGGAGGGUCUUUCAACCCUGGAGUUUUUGACUGCACUACAGCAACACCCUACUUUGCUGGCCCCUGCCCUGUGCCACUCUGAAAAGCAACUCACUGCUUUUGACCUUGAGAUACUCUUCAAACCUGGCCUUAGUCCUUCGGGGAGUAAUCGAAGACUUAAAGAAAGUCAAACCAUGGGCUACUGGGCCGACUAUCUCCUUGAUUGUGAAGAAGGCCAGGCUGCUGUGUCUGUGGAAGAUGUUUUGAUGUUUGCUACUGGGCUGUCUUCACUUCCCCCAUCUGGCUUGGAACCACUUCCACAAAUAGAGUUCCUGGAUGACUCUGCGUUCCCAAUGGCAAAUACAUGUACAAACUCCUUGAAAUUACCACUCCUAGACUCAUACACUUUGUUUAAGUCACAAAUGGACUUUGGAAUUCAAAAUAGUCCGGGAUUUGGCUGUUUUUAAGCUAAAUGAUGGAUAAACCCUAGAGUUAAGACUCUGAAAACAUUGUUGUUGUUAAAGGUUCACUUUAAAGUGCAGUUACCCAAAUUGUUUUUAUAAUGUAGCAGUAUGUGAGCAUGUUUUUCUCACUGUUAACAUUUUGAAAAUGUUUUAGAUUUGUGACUCUCAAACUGGGAUCUCUCUGUGAAUCACUGUUUUAGAUAAAGAAACAAGUAGUUCAAGAAGUAUUGUUUUCUAUACUACAAAAAUGUAAUAAAUACUUAUUACUA